AAACAAUGUAGUACUUUAAUUGGUUAACAUUUAUGUGUUUGGCAGACGGAACGAUGGUUCAGUUUUGCCCAAUCUGUUUUAAAUCGUAUGCACAGCUGAGCCAGCAUCUACGUGUUUACCACAAAGUGGUCAACGUGAAGGAGAGAAAACUUCUACUGGCCCUGGAAUCAGGCAGGGUGAAGUACAGAGAAGGCAAGUGCUCCAUGGCUGGAGGUGACAAGGUCACCACCCGGCUGGACCGGCACAUCCAGACACACUCUGACCUUUCUAAGAAGGCAAAGAAGGAUGCGAUCAAGAGGUGCAAGAAAGAUGUUAUUUUGAAAGAGCUGUCCGAGCUGAGAGCCUCCAACCCUGCAGUCCCCAUGGCCUCGAGGCUCGACCUCGUUGAGUUUGAGGACAAGCCGAUUCCUCUGGAGCCCAAGGAAGAGGAAGUACAGUGCCCAAAACAACUCUGCCGGCGUGCCAGGGAGGAGGUGGCUAGCCUAAACCAGCAGGUCGACACUCUUACAACAGCCUUGUGCGACGUAACUCGCAGGUACAGGUCAUUGAUACGAAAGUUUAGGCCCUCCUCCUCUGCCCAGCUGACCAGUGUAACCAAGAAGUUGCUGUCUGCCCUGGAUGAGCCCCAGGAAGGGCAAGACAAGCCACGUGAUACCCUUCAGCAGACCCCUCAAAAGACCACUCUUAGAUGUCCCUCCCUUGAGCCGAGCACCUCCCAGAAGGCAUCGGAACACUUGCCCCAGUACCCCAAGCACGUGGCGGCCCUAAACGAGCUGCUGGAGGAGUACAAGAGACACCAAGAGGGGUCCGACCCCUCCGCGAAGCUCCUUAACAAUGUCGCAUCGAAGAUCUACAGGAUCAAGAAUUUCAUUGGCUACAUGGCCGACAGGAAGACCAACCUCUCCCACUUCCUCUUCUUAGAUGACAUGCGGCGGGUAAGGUCCUGGGUGAACUUUCUGAGGCGGGCCAAGAUUACGGAGACCACCAUCCAACACUGUCAAAAAUGCAGCGCAGUUUGUUGAUUAUCUAGGCCAAACACAUCUGCAGACCAGCCGCCUUUCUAAGAAGGCCUUUGUGUCCAUACAAAGGGAGAUACGCACUGCAAUCAAAUCCAUGAGAAGGAAAGUGGUGGUCCACCAGGUCACCGUGAAAACGGCCAAAGAAGGGCGCCUGAUCCCCAAGGCGGAGCUCCUCAAGUGCCGUUCCAAGGCGAGGGUGGCGAUUCCAGAAAUCUUGGAUGAGUAUUAAUCAGCACUCUCCGCUG